CAUCGUAGGGAUAUCGCAUGCCGGAACUGCCUCAUCAAUGUGGCCCAAAAUGUUGUUAAGCUUUCUGAUUUUGCUUAUCCAAACAAGCUGAGAAAUAUAAUAUUCCGGAGAACGAAAAAUUGUCACUCAAACUGGCAAGCUCCCGAGGUUAUCUUGACCAGAGUCUACACAGCAAAAUGUGAUGUAUAUUCUUAUGGCAUACUUAUUUGGGAAAUAUUCCAUAACGCUGAGACACCAUUCAAGGGAAUUGACAACAAAAAGUUGAGAGCCAAGAUAAGUAAUCCGAAUUAUCGUCCCCGAUUAGAUCCUGAACUACCCAUUGUUUGCUAA